AUGGACGAGGAGGAGGAGGAGCAGCUGGAGGAGGAGGAGGAGGAGGUGGCCGAGACGGGGAUCGACUCCCAGGUCCAUAUGGCUUGUGUAAUGCAAGGGCGUAGGGUUGGAGUGUCAUACUAUGAUUCAAAUACGCGCCAGCUUUUUGUAUUGGAAAUCUGGGAAGAUAGCGCUGGAGGAUUCCCUCUGAUUGAUCUUGUGAAAUGUCAAGCAAAACCAAGCACCAUAUAUGCAAGUACAAAGACGGAAGAAGAACUUCUAUCGGCUUUACAGAGAAAUGAUAGUAAUGUUGACCCCCCUGUUGUGAAGCUCAUGAAAAGCUCAACAUUCACCUAUGAGCAAGCCUGGCACAGAUUAAUAUACUUGAAAGUUGCAGCAAUGGAUGAUGGAUUAAGUGUAAAAGAGAGGAUUUGCUUUCUUAAUUCCAUGAUGGAUCUUGGAAGUGAUGUUCAAGUUCGUGCUGCUGGAGGUCUUCUUGCUAUAUUAGAUAGCGAGAGGCUUCUUGAUACCCUUGAACAAAUGGAAGGAGGAGCAUCCAUUGCAAUUGAUUCUGUCACACAGAUCUCAUUAGACAGAUUAUUGAAACUUGAUGCAGCUGCUCAUGAGGCACUACAGAUUUUUCAAGUGGAUAAGCACCCCAGUUACAUGGGAAUAGGAAGAGCUAAAGAAGGGUUUUCAGUCUUUGGUAUCCUCAAUAAGUGUGUGACACCUAUGGGAAGACGUCUCUUGAGAGCAUGGUUCUUACGUCCCAUAAUUGAUAUCGAUGUCAUAAAUAAUCGCCUCAACACAAUAUCUUUCUUCCUUUGCUGUGAAGAAGUAAUGUCUGCACUGCGUCAGACUUUGAAGUCUGUGAGAGAUGUUCCCCACAUGCUCAAGAAAUUCAACUCUCCAAGUUCCAGCUGUACAAGCAGUGAUUGGCACACAUUUCUGAAGUGCAUUUGCUCUUUGCUUCAUAUAAACAAGAUUUUUGAGGUAGGAAUAUCAGAGCAUCUGGCAAAUAAGUUGCAACAUAUGAGCAUUGACUUGGUUGAAAAGGCAAAUUCUUCAAUUACAGCAGAGCUGGAUUAUGUAUCGAAUCUGGUGAUUGGUGUCAUUGACGUACAACGGAGUAAGGAAAAAGGCUAUGAAACAUUGGUGAAAGAAAAUUUAUGUGAUGAGUUGGAUGAACUGAGGAUGGUGUAUGAAGGAUUACCUGACUUUCUGGAGCAGGUUUCAGCUAAUGAAAAUGCCUCCUUCCCUUUCUCGCUCGAAUGCAGAAAAGCUCCGCUAAUUGUCUAUGUACACCAAAUAGGAUACUUGAUGUGUUUUUUUGAUGAGAAGAUAAGUGAGGCCUUGUUAAUAGAACUUCAAGAUUUUGAAUUUGCGUUCUAUGCUCAUCAGUUUUCAGAGGAUGGGGAAGAGAGAAGGUUCUACUACCAUACUCAGAAGACAAGAGAGCUGGACAACCUUCUGGGAGAUAUUUAUCAUAAAAUUCUUGACAUGGAAAGAGCAAUCAUAAGGGAUCUAGUAUGCCGUGUUCUUCAGUUUCUACCUCAACUGACAAAAGCAGUGAACUUUGCAGCAGAACUUGAUUGUAUUUUAUCAUUGGCAAUUGUUGCGCGCCAAAACAAUUACGUGAGGCCCAUCUUAACUGAGGAUUCCAUACUUGAGAUACAGAAUGGAAGACAUGCUUUGCAGGAAAUGACCGUUGACACAUUUGUUCCAAAUGAUACGAAAAUCCGCAGUGCAGGAAGAAUAAACAUAAUAACUGGACCUAACUAUUCAGGGAAAAGCAUUUACAUUAAGCAGGUUGCAUUGGUGGUUUUUCUUGCUCAUAUUGGAAGCUUUGUUCCUGCUGAUUCUGCUGUUGUUGGAUUGACUGAUAGGAUAUUCUGUGCAAUGGGAAGCAAGUCAAUGACAACUGAGCAGUCAACAUUUAUGAUUGAUUUACAUCAAGUUGGAACAAUGCUCAGGCAUGCAACAUCGAGAUCACUGUGCUUAUUAGAUGAAUUCGGUAAGGGUACUCUAACAGAAGAUGGUAUUGGUUUGCUUGGAGGGACUAUCAGUCAUUUUGCAAAUUAUGAUUAUCCUCCAAAGGUCCUUUUGUCAACACAUCUGACGGAGAUCUUCGCCGAAAACUACUUCCCACAGUCUGAACAUAUAAAAUGCUGUACCAUGAGUGUUCUGAAUCCUGAUGGACAGACAAGCAAUGAAGACAUCAUAUUCCUUUACAGACUUGUACCUGGACAGGCACUCUUGAGCUUUGGACUUCAUUGUGCACAGCUUGCUGGUGUUCCCAGUGAAGUUAUUCAGAGAUCUGCUAGUGUUCUGGAGGAUAUCCAUUCCAAGAGACCUGUAAGGCGCAUGAUCUGCGAUAAUUUGGCGGCAAAGGACAAGCAAUACCAGGAUGCAAUGGCAAAAUUGUUGGCCUUCGAUCCGCGAAAAGGUGAUCUGAACCACUUCUUUGAGGACGUAUUUCCCCCUGAGGCGUAG